AUGCCUCUCGAAACCGGACUCAAGGGCGCUCAUGUCCUCAUUACUGGCGGAACUCGUGGCAUGGGCCAGUCCAUGGUUCAUGAAUUCCUGAAAGAGGGAGCCAACGUGUCCUAUUGCGCCCGCACCGUCACCAACACCGAAUACGAUGACUUCCACCAGACGCUUCCUGCCGACAAUUCGGCCCGAGCGGUCGGCACCGCCCUGAAUGUCGCUUCAAAGGAAGCCAUCGUCGACUGGGUGAAGGCCUCCGCCGACCGAGUAGGCCGAAUCGACGUCGUCAUUGCAAAUGCCUCGCCCAUGCACAUGGAAGGAGAAACCCACCAUUGGCAAGAAAGCUUCGCGAUCGAUGUGAUGGGAUUUGUCGAGUUAGUCAAGGCCGCCGAGCCGUACCUCGAGAAAUCGCCCCAGGCGUCCGUCAUCGUGCAAAGUUCCUUCAUGGGUCGCGAGUUCUACCGCAGCCCUCCGGCUGCCUAUGGCCCGUGCAAGGCUGCUCAGUUGCAGCAUGUGCAGGAACUUUCGCACUACCUGGGCCCCAAAGGUAUUCGCGUUAACGCCAUCUCGCCCGGUCCGGUCCUGUGUGAAGGCGGUCCGUGGGAGAAGUACUCCAAGUUGAUGCCUGAGUGGGUGGAGGAGCAGCGCCAGAAGAUCCCCUUGAAGCGAUUGGGUGGGCCUCAGGAAAUCGCCAAUGUGGCCGUGUUUCUCGCGAGUCCGCUUGCUAGUUUUGUGACGGGCACUAAUAUCUUAGCGGAUGGUGGGAUUCAUGUUGGCACCCAGUUUUAG